UCUUGCAGGAAGUAACUCAUUUGAAGUUCAUAAUUACAGUAAAUUGUAAAUUUGCUUAACCCUCCUAAUACCGUGGGGUCUAUAAUGACCCCAGGCCAUAAUUUUCUGUAAAAUAUACCUUAUUUCCUGUUCCUAAAAAUUAUGAAAAAUUUGGACUUUUCCUGAAUUAAGUAAUGGGUUCAUUAUAUAUUAAUAUAACUUUUUGAAAAUAUUUAGUUUUGCAGAAAAUCAAGAGAGAACCACUGAGUACCAAUGGGGUGAAAUGCGACCACAUUUCUCUCUUGCAGUAUUAUUACCAAAUAAUUCUGCAUUGAAUCCAUAACUGUUGCUGUAUUUCCUUUGUUUUAUUCUUGUAAAUAUUGUUGUAACAUGUGAUUGUUGCCAAUACUUUAUAAGCUGAUAGUUAUUUCUUCCAUGCAAGUGGAGACUACUAUUGUGUGUGUUACAUUUAAUGGAAAAGUUUCAUCACCUUUCCGAAGACGAAGUGCUUGAAAUAUUACUGCAGGAUAAUCCUCUAUCUGGAGAAUCAAAUAGUGAUAUCAGUGAUGUCUCAUGCAGUGAUGGAGAAAUCGACGUCUUAGAAGAGAAUAGUCCUCAAUCAGACGGAAGUUCAGAAGGAGAUUUGGACAGCACAUAUGUCCCGCCUGAACAGGAAGUAACACAUAUUUCUGACUGUUAUAUGUCUAAAAACAAAGAAGAAUUGUGGCACAAACACAAGUUGAGAAGAGCUUGUGGAAGAGAAGAGAGAUGGAACAUAAUGCGAGUAAAGCCAGGUCCAGCAAAAUUCGCAGUGAAAAAUGUAGACUCCAUAGAACCAGCUUUUCAGUCGUUUCUUAGGAGAAACAUUGGUGAUGUAAUUCUAAAUUGGACUAACAAAGAGGGUAGUCUUGUUUACGGUAGUAAAUGGAAACCAGUAGAUUCCAUUGAACUGAAGUGCUUUAUCAGUGUCUUGAUCCUAGCAGGUGCUUACAAGUCCUAUAAUGAAGCAGUUACACAUCUGUGGAACAAAGGGGAUGGUAGACCCAUUUUUAGUGAAGCAAUGAUUAGAAAUCACUUUACGCAAAUUUCAAGGUGCAUCCGAUUUGAUGAUGCAGAUGUGAGACGUCACAACCGUGCUCCUGACAAGCUGGCUCCCAUUACAUAAACAUUUGAAAUGCGGGUACACACAUUUCAAAAAGCAUAUGUUCCUCACAGCAACGUAACAAUUGAUGAAAAACUUGUGGCAUUUUGUGGUAGAUGUCCAUUUCGGCAAUAUAUUCCUUCAAAACCAGGAAAAUAUGGGUUGAAAUUAUGGGCUGUAUGUGAUAGUGCAACGUCUUACGUUCUCAAUCUCCAAGUUUACACUGGUUGACAAGUAAAUGAACCUCGUGAAGUUGAUCAAGGCAAGAGAGUUGCUUUAGAUAUGGUGAAAGGCUUAGGAAACAGUGGCAGAAAUGUAACAACUGACAAUUUUUUCACUAGCCUUAGUUUGGUGAGAGAACUUCUGAAAAUCAAUCUCACACUCUUAGGAACAAUUAGAAAAAAUAAAGGAGAGCUACCACAAGCUUUCACUCAGACCAAAGGUUGAGUCAGAUAUUCAUCUACUUUUGGAUUCCAAGAGCAUGCUUCAAUUGUUUCAUAUUGUCCAAAAAAGGGUAAAGUUGUGACUUUGCUCAGUACAAUGCAUUCAAGGAAGGAAGUGGAGGAUCAUGAAGAAUGCAAGCCAGUAAUGAUUCUGGAUUAUAAUAAAAUAAAAUCAGGAGUAGAUACCAUGGAGAAGCUGGUUAGAAUGUAAACUACAAAGAGGAUGAGCAGAAUGUGGCCAAUGGUAUUAUUUUACGACAUGAUUGAUAUCAGCGCACUGAAUGCAUUUAUCAUAGGGCUGCAUCUUACACCAGACUGGGCAGAAAGGACACACUACAAGA